CCUGUGUCGGAUAUACUUGAAGUACGAUCUGGGUACAGUACUGACAAUCUACAUAAAGCUGCAAAAAAGUACGAAUUCCAAGAAGCCGCACCGGAAGCCACUUGUUUCUCUGUCAUAUUCAGUCAUGCCAAGUUUCUGCACAAAUCAGUGGACUUUGCAGCCAACAAUAAGCAGGAUCGUGACCGAUGGGUAUCUGCUCUAACGUAUGUCAUCUCUAAAGUCAGAGAGCAAAGAGCUCAAUAUAACGAGCAAGCAUGGAUUCUUCAAAAGUUCCGUGAAGCCGAUACUAACAAGAAUGGUACACUCUCCUUUAGCGAAGUCUGGGCUUUACUUCAAAAAAUGAAUUUGGAAAUUUGUGAAAAGUACGCCAGAGCGAUGUUCAGGUUUUUUGAAUGCCUGACUGAUCGUCCCGAACUGCAUCACGUUCUGCGGAUGGUCAGCAGUGGUGGAGUGGAAAGUGUUACGGUAGCUGAUCUGCAGAAAUUCCUCACGGAAGAGCAAGAUUUUCACAAUGUGGAUAUCAAAAAAGCAGAAUCAAUUUUGGAAACAUUUGAGCAGGCAGUUCAGCAGCAGAAGGAUAAACUCAUGGGGAUUAUUGGUUUCCGACGACUCAUGCAAUCACGUUGGGGAAAUAUCCUCAAAGAAGGGCAGGAGGCAAUCUGGCAAGAUAUGGAUCAGCCGCUUCCGCACUAUUUCUGUAAUUCAAGUCACAACACCUACUUGUCUGGUUUGCAAAUGAAAGGUGUAGCGACGGUCGAAGGAUACAUCUACGCUUUGAAGAAAGGAGCACGAUUACUUGAACUUGAUUUGUUCGAUGGAGAGCAUGGAGAACCGGUCAUUACUCACAAACGAACUUUAAUUGAGCCAAUCACUUUGCGGCACGCCCUAGAAGCUAUCAAGCGAUGUGCGUUCGAAUUCACUCCUUACCCUGUGAUUCUGACCAUUGAGAAUCAUGUUGGUCUCGUACAGCAAAGAGUAAUGGUUGAUGUCUUUCAAGAGGUCCUCGGUGAUAUGCUCUACAUAUCUCCCCCAAAUUCGGCAAAAGUUGAGUUACCCAGCCCCAAUGCCCUAAAGCACAAGAUAUUGUUGAGAGGUAAAAAAUUGGGUGGAGCUCCAGAUGAUGAUAGGGACGACGACGACGACGAUCCGCCAUCGAAAAAGAAGAUAUGCGUUGAAAGCGGUGUUAAUGGCUCUGAAGGAGCGCUGAAUGAAGGAAACUGUUCAACAGAGCUAGUAAUGGGGCAGCUGCUCCUGCGUUCUUUCAAUCCAUUGGGCCCAGCUGAGCUAUCGGCGAUGGCCGGUGACAGGAUCGGGUACGAAACUGUUCAGAUUGCCCUUGCAAAUUCGUUUUCACUGAGAUUUUGCCAGUACAUGCUCUACGGAUGA